AGCAGAUCGGCCAGUAUGGCGGAUGGGGAGGAGACCAUGAGCCAGGAGGACUGGAAGGAAAAGUGUACGGUCCUGGAGGCUCUGCUCAUGAAGUUCAGAGUGCAGAUCAUCAAGAUUCGAGAACUCACCGCUGACAAAAUUCAGCAGUUGGAGACGCAGGUGAUCGAUGCAGAAAAACGGGCCUUCACUGCUCACCAGCAGGUGGAGUGGAUGGAGGAGAAGCUGAAGGCUCCAGAUGGUCAGUCCGCAGACUCUGAGGUGCAUUUGUUUCAGCGCUGCCAGGAGCUGGAGACCUUGGUGCAGGAGAAGGACGACGUCAUCCGGCAGCUGGAGCAACAGCUGGAGGAGCAGAAACAGACCCGAAUUCAAGAUGCCAAAACAGUGGAGGAGAAAGCAGCUAAGAUCAAGGAGUGGGUGAUGCUGAAGUUGUCCGAGUUUGAGGUGGAGAACGCUGCAUUAAGAGAAACCAACAAGCAACAGGCAGCUCAGAUUCUGGAGCUACAGAAUCAAGUGCAGGCGUUUGAGCACAGGUGUGGUGGCGGUGGACGAGGCGCGCUCAUCAGACCAGGUGAGGCCCAGCGUCUCAGCAGCCUCACGUUCGGCUGUUUCCAGGUGAGAGGGAAGAAUCCUCAGGUCCUCACAGGACCGGCACCUUCCCAGAGAACGCUCAGCAGCCAGGAAGAGGCCGAAGGCAGCGGGGAAGCUGUGAAGAAUAAGCAGACUGCUUCUCCAGAGGCAGAUGGUGAAGUCCACAGACCAGAUCAGGUUCUGUGUCCUCCUGUAGAGGAUGACAGUGCAUCUGAAGGCCUGGCUGAGGAUGGAAGUGGAGCUGAGUCUCGUGGUGUCUCCUCUGUGCUCUCCAGUGCUGCAUCAGAGGGGGAGGGAGGAGGAGGAGGAGGAGGAGGAGGAGGAGGAGGAGGAGGAGGCUGUGAGGGCAGAGAGGGAGUGUGUGGUCUGGAGUUCAGCCGUCCAGGCAGCGAGACCUACCUGACAGCGUCCGACGACAGCAGCUCUCUGUUUGAUGAUGACAUGCAGCGAGCAGAGCGGCCCAGCUUCAGCCUACUGGGACAGUCAGAUGGGACUGUAGGGUCGGGUAAGGAGGGGGAGGAGGAGGAGCAGGAGGCACUCAGAGCCAAACUGGAGGACAGCAACUCUGAAGAGCUCAACAAGCGAUUCCAGUCACAAAGACUUGACUCCUCAUCUUCUUCCAGUGAACCAAACACUCCCAGCCCACUACUCACCCUUGCCCUGACACCUAAGCGACCCACCCCGCCCCAGGACCUGAGGGACAACCUUGCCUCACCCAAACAGCCACGCCUGCGCACACCAGUGGGGUUUGGCUUGAUGAAUGUGUCUCUGGCCAAGAAGCACCUGAGCCAGCCCUCAGUCAGCUCAGAGACAGCCCACGGACAAUCACGCAACGCCCUCAGCAUGCUGCGCCCCUACCGGCCGCAGGAAACUGACCUUGACUAUGAGCGGGAGGUUGCCAUGGAGACGAGCAGGGACAUGGUCACUCAAGCCCCCUCUAGCACACAUGUUGGGUCAACUGUGCCCUUCUCGCAGGCUUCAGCUGAACCUGGUGCACCAGACUGUGAUCUGUCGGCACCUGGCAACACACCUCCUACCCCGCCUUUACACAGACUGCCCUCCUGGGAGAGUCGCAUCUAUGCUGUGGCUAAGUCAGGCAUCAGACUGUCUGAGACCUCGUGCACAGACCCUGCCAGCAAAGACCCCUCUCUCCAGUCCUCUUACCCUGCCUUUGUCAUGUACACAUCCCUUGUCUAUAAAAACAUGACAACACCCGUUUAUACUACUCUGAAGGGGAAAGCCACUCUACUGAGCAGCAGUCCAUUCUCAGAUGAGUCGUCCAGCUCUGAGGAAUCAUCUAGUUCAGGGGAGGAGGACGGCUCCAUCUGUAGCUCCCGCACCUCGUCCAGCUCCCGCAAAGACAGCAGCCCAGGCAGCCCACGCUCUCUCAAGAGAGCUGUAUCCAUGUCUUCAAUGACAUCAGAGAGUGACUAUGCCAUCCCGCCUGAUGCCUACUCCACAGACACAGAUUGCUUCGAACCAGAGCACAAACUGCCCAAGACCUGCUCUGCAACCAGUGACAAUGGCAAGAGUGAGCCGAUGGAGAAGUCAGGCUACCUGUUGAAAAUGGUAAAGACCUGGAAGAAAACCUGGAAGAGGCGCUGGUUUGUCCUCAAAGAUGGAGAGCUGCUCUACUUUAAGUCGCCUAGUGAUGUGAUCAGGAAACCCCAAGGUCAAAUCGAGGUCAACGCCACCAGCAGCAUCGUCCGCGGAGAGGGAAAACAAGUUCUCCAGAUAGUGACUGGGAAGCGUGUUUACUACCUGAAGGCCGACUCUCCCAACCUACUGGAGGAGUGGCUCAGGGUGCUGCUGACCGUGCUGAGACUGAAAGCUGCCAGUCCUCUCUUCACUCAGCCAGAUAUUCGCCCCGGCAUGAAGGGCCUGCUCAUAAAGGUGAAGCAUGGCCACUCUAAGAGGGUUUGGUGUGCUCUGAUUGGGAAAACGCUGUACUACUUCCGCAGCCAAGAGGACAAGUUCCCACUUGGUCAGAUCAAGCUGUGGGAGGCCAGGGUGGAGGAGGUGGACAGGUCGCGGGAUUCAGAUGAUGACCUGAAAGUGUGUGGGUGGGGCUUGCAGGGAGCACACUUUACCAUCGCCAUCCACCCACAGGAGCAAGGGCCCACAUACCUGCUUAUAGAGUCUCGCCAUGAAAAGGACACAUGGCUUUAUCAUCUGUCUGUGGCAGCAGGCACCACAGUGGGUAAAGUUGGCACUGAGUUUGAGCAACUGGUGGGAAAACUCUUUCAGUUGGAUGGAGAUUCAAACUCACAGAUCUGGAGACAUCCCAUGCUGUGUUUCAGUAAAGAGGCUCUGACGUCUCCUCUCACCACGCUGCCUUCACAGGCCCUGCAGACAGAGGCUGUUAAACUCUUCAAGACUUGUCAGCUUUUCAUCAACGUGGCCAUUGACGCCCCAGCUAUCGACUACCACGUCUCGCUGGCCCAGAGUGCCCUCCAGGUGUGUCUGGCACACCCGGAGCUCCAGAACGAGUUGUAUUGCCAGCUCAUCAAGCAGACACGCAAGAGGCAGCCGCACAAUCACCCAGGACCACUGCAGGGUUGGCAGUUUCUAGCCCUGUGUGUCGGACUGUUUCUGCCUCAGCAUCCUUUUCUCUGGCUGCUCCAGAUCCAUCUCAAAAGACACGGAGACUCCAGGACUGAGGUAGGUAAGUAUGCCAUCUACUGCCAGCGCUCCAUGGAGCGCACCCAGCAGAAGGGUGAGAGACAGGCCAGGCCGUCCCGUAUGGAGAUCCUGUCAAUCCUCCUGAGGAACCCCUACCAUCACUCACUGCCUUUCAGUGUCCCCGUUCACUUCCUCAACAACACAUACCAGGUGGUGAGCUUCGACGCCUCAACCACAGUCGACGAGUUCCAGUGUCGCCUAAACCAGGACACUGGCAUGAGAAAGAAUAGCCUGUCUGGUUUCAGCUUGUACUCGGACGAUCCUACUGGACGGGACGUGGAACACUGCCUGCAGGGAGGCAUCAAGAUUUGCGACAUCAUCUCCAAAUGGGAGCAGGCCUGUAAGGAGCAGCACACUGGCAAGUCUGAGAACGCCAGGACUGUACGCCUCACCUACAAGAACAGGCUGUACUUCUCUCUCCAGGUCAGGGGGGAGUCAGAGAGGGAGAGGUUGCUCCUGGCGUAUCAGACAAAUGAAGCCAUUGUUGCCGGACACUUUCCUGUUAACAAGGAGCUGGCUCUGGAAAUGGCCGCCCUGCUGGCUCAGGUGGAAUUCGGGGAUUUUGAGCGUCCCUUCUCUGCUCCUGGAUCAGCCCUGACCAAGUCUAACCAAACCCUCAAACAGGUUCUGGAAAGAUUUUACCCUAAACACUACCGUAAGACCACAACCGAGGAACAGCUCAGGCAAUUACUGCAGCGUCUCUCUGCCCGCUGGGCCUCGCUCAGGGGUCGAAGUUUGUCUGAGUGUGUCAGGAUUUACCUGACGGUUGCUAGGAAAUGGCCGUUCUUUGGUGCAAAACUGUUUGAAGCAGAGGCCAUUACUCCGUCUCCAGAGCAGGGUGCGCGUGUUUGGCUGGCCGUGCACGAGGAUGGCAUCAGCAUUCUGGAGCACAACUCCGUCAAACCUCUGGUGUCCCAUACCUACAAGAACCUGAUGACAUUUGGGGGCUGCAAACAGGACUUCAUGCUGGUGCUGGGACAGAGCAUUGGCACCAACGGCAGCAAAGACAAACCCACAGAUAAACAUCUGUUUGCCAUGGACAACUCAAAGAUCAGAGAAAUCACCCUCCUCGUCUCCAGUUACAUCAACAGUGUCCAUCAGCAGAAGGCCGCCGCUCACCACCUCUCUGCCCCAGCGUUGAUGGUCGCUCAGCCCAUCAGCCUCAAGAGCAAAGAGCUGAGGAGCAAAUCACCACCAGCACUGGGACGACCCAGCAAGGCCCCGACACUGCUGUGACGGCAACCCAACAGGACAAUGUCAUCUCAUGGUUUUUCCUUUUUUUUGUUUUUUAAAUGAAGGAAUUGUUUGAACAAAUAAGAAGCUUUGCUUAAUGAUGCUUUACGAAGAAAGAAAUAAUACAAAUAAUUGUAUUGGGGUGUUUUUUUAACUCUCUUAUUUUUGUAUAACGGAGGAUACUGAACAACAAAAGGAAGAACAUAAACCAGGUGUGACAGGUGUAGGAGUGAUGAGUUUCUUGUGACACGAACCUCGAGUGUGAGCCCUGUGUGCUUUUAGUUACUGAACAGCCAGGUGAGCUGUGAAACCUUUAAUUGUUCACUCAUUCACUGGUGGAGUGGAUGCCUCAAAUCAGCCAAUGUUCCGUCGGCGUCGCUUAAAGGAGGAAGUAUGGCAGGGUUAUGGUAUGAGAAGUCUGUGGUCAUGAAGUUAUUAAAAGGAAGAUGGUAAGAGGAUGAAGAACAGGUGUGAUAAUAAAUGAAUAGGGUGAACUAGGAUGUUGUUUUUUUUUUUUUUUAGAUGUAGUGCCUCAUUCCAUUAACAAGAAACUGGAAAAAAAAAACAUGUUUCCUUUUGUGUAAGGUACUUUUUAAAGAAAAGUAAUUAUUGUUUUUACACCUGUAUAUGUGCAGCGGAGCAUAUCAGGUAUCAUAUUUAUUUGUCAAAUGAAUUGUAUUUAAAUGCAGUUUUGUGUUAUAAUGAAUGAAAUGCUUGAAUAAAGUCAAGGUUACUUCCU